AAUUAUUGACUUUUUAUUUUUUUUAAAAAUAUAUUUUAGAACAGAAGAAAAAAAUUUACAUACGUAACUCUAAUAUCAAAAUCGGAAGAAUAAAAUGAUUCUGGGUUCAUGAAAAUGAUCAUUAUACAUUGAUCGUCCCUUCCAGAUUUUCUUUUGCCUCUAUUAGCUCAUAAAUUUCUCACAGAUGGUGCAAGUAGAAGCCAUUGCUGCUUCUCAGAAGCAGCUUCUACAAAAGCCAACUUGCGCUUGGAUCAGAUGGGUACAAAACCAUCUUCUUCUUCUACUAGUUCUCUUGGCACAACCAGUCCUUGGUGGUCAGAUUGUCAAGUAUUUACCUGGUUUUGAUGGUGAACUUCCCUUCAAACUUGAAACAGGAUAUAUCAGCGUUGAUGAUUCGGAGUUGUUCUAUUAUUUCAUUGAAUCAGAAGGGAACCCUCAAGAAGACCCACUUUUUCUUUGGCUCACUGGUGGACCUGGCUGCACUUCUUUUAGUGGACUCCUUUAUGAAGUUGGUCCAAUGGAGUAUGACAUUGAUAACUACACUGGAGGGUUACCAAAAUUGAAAUAUUAUCCAUAUGCAAGGACGAAGACUGCUAGCAUGAUAUUUCUUGAUGCACCUGUUGGCACUGGUUUCUCUUAUGCAAGAACCCCUGGAGGUUGGCCUACAUCAGACACAAAAUCAGCUGAACAGUCGUACCAGUUCCUCAGGAAGUGGUUGGUCGAACACCCACAAUUUCUCUCCGUUCAACUAUUUGUUGGCGGUGAUUCUUAUGCAGGCCUUACUGUCCCAUUGAUCACUAAAAAGAUAAUAGAUGGUAACAAAGAAAAAGCCAAGCCAUAUAUGAAUAUCAAAGGAUACUUGGUUGGAUGCCCAGGGACUGAUUCAGUUAUUGAUGGGAACUCAAGAGUAGAUUUUGCUCAUAGAAUGGCACUUAUAUCGGAUGAGAUCUAUGAGAAUGCGAAAAGAAGUUGCAAUGAGAACUAUAUAAAUGUAGAUCCAGCAAAUACGGCAUGCAUAACUGCUAUGGGUGCUAUACAAAAGUGUCUGAAAGAUCUGUCUGACAAAGAUAUUUUGAAACCCAAGUGCGAUUUAUCAUCCCAAGAUCAUCCAGAAGGCCCAGACCGAAGAUUUCUAAAAGAAGGUUCUUCAGAGUUCCUACUCUCGCCAUCAACGUUUCCAAAACCUUGGUGCACUACUUUGAAGCUUACACACAAUAGCAUUUGGGCAAACGAUGAUGGUGUUCAAGAAGCAUUACAUGUUCGGAAGGGAACUGUACCACGUUGGGAGAGAUGCAACAACAGCUUAUCAUACACCCAAGAUGUCUUGAGUGUUAUUGCUGUUCAUAAAGAACUAAGUAGAUCAUCCUUGGAAGUACUUGUAGAGAGGUCAGUAUAUACACGUGGCUUGUACAUACCCUUCACUAAAUUGAUUUUUUUAUUACGAGGAACCCCCUGACCCUACCUUCAGUGAGACCUGGGAUAAAACCCCGGAUAUGUGAGACCACCCUGUUAGCCUCACAUAUUGUGCAACGUAGGGACACGAACCUAAGACCCCUUUGUGGGUUACUGUUGGAAUUAGGAAAUAGUGAUAUAAUAAUUAUGGUAGUGUUGGAAUUAGGAAAUCGUGAUAUUGUAAUUAUGGUAGUGUGUAUAAAAUCUGUGAUUGUGUCAACCACAGGUUUAAUAUCUUUUUUUAUCUUCGUUUCUUAUUUUGUUCGUUUCCUAUUUUGUAAUAUUGUUUCAUUAUAAAUACAAGGCUCUACCUCAUUCAUAGGCAAGCCAAAUAAUUAUUUUUAUUCUUUUUGGUAUUAGAGCCAAAACACAGAAACCCUAGACCACCCCCUUCUCCCUGUUGGCCCCUAUUCUUUACUGCCCAGCAGGUUCUUCAUCUUCUUUCUUCUUCUUCCAGCAGCCAACAGGCCUUCUCUCCCCUCUAGACCACCCGACAACCUAACUCACCACUCCUAGACCACCCAAAACCACUUACCCACUCUCCUAUACCCCUCGACAAGACUGUAUUACACCUGCCGAGGGUCUUGCUGCUGCCAACCAGGUCUUAUCUUGGCCUAGAGUACUUCGACCAGCUCUUCCCCUAGCCUAGAUUGGUUCGACACCCUCUUGAGGGUGGUCUGAACCCUUGUUUUUCUCUUUUAUAGGGUGUAGUGCUAAUGCUUUUAAGCAUUUUUCUGGACCUCUAUGUUUCUUUUUUUUCUUUGUGGGCUAUUUUGUUUAUUCGGUAGCAUUUAGCCGUUGAGUUUUUUUCGGCUUUUCUGGUUGUUUACUCGGACUGUGUUGCUGUAUUGCUAUCUAUUUCAACCCUCAUCAUCUCCCCAUGGAUAACUUAUCUUCUACCAUUCCUACUG